GGUGUAACUGGUGCUGAUAUCGGCCAGUCAGGUGUGGAAGUGGUGACUCAAACGGUUGACAUUUAAUCAUGAAACCAGACAUUUUAACCACGUAGUAGUUAGCGUAUCACAGAAACAAAUCAUGAACGGAGUAGCAGACAUCAAAAGAAAGGUGAGAAAGGGUUCAGACCCUCUGCUCCAGACGGCCCGUGGAAAGCUCCAGUCGCGGAGGUCCAAACUGAAUGACCAAAUCAACAAGGAGCUGCGGAUGAGGGCGGGAGCUGAGAAUUUGUACAGAGCGACUGGCAACAAAAAGCUGAAGGAGACGGUGGCUCUGGAACUGAGUUUUGUCAAUUCCAACCUCCAGUUACUGAAGGAAGAACUCUCAGACCUGAACAGUUCUGUACAGAUAUACCAGAGCAACAAUGCCCAGAAUGUUCCAAUGAUUCCACUUGGCCUUAAAGAGACCCAGGAAGUUGACCUCAGCAUUCCAUUAAAGGACUACAUAUCAGAACAUUACAGUGAGGAAGGAGAGAAAUUUCAGUUUGAGAUCCAGGAGCUUAUGGACAUGAGACAGGCCAUGAGGACCCCUCAAAGAUCCCCCCUGGGUCUGGAGUUACUAUAUCAGUAUUACAACCAGUUGUAUUUUAUAGAGAAGAGGUUCUUCCCAACAGACAGGAGUCUGGGGAUAUACUUUCAUUGGUAUGACUCCCUGACAGGUGUUCCCACAGCUCAGAAGACAAUGGGGUUUGAAAAGGGCAGUGUGCUGUUUAACAUAGCAGCUCUCUACACACAGAUUGGUGCUAGAUCGGAUCGGUCCAAGGUUGAAGGAAUUGACUCGGCCAUUUGUAAUUUUGAACAAGCAGCAGGCACGUUUGUGUACUUGCGGGAUAGAUUCAGCCAUGCGCCGAGCAUGGACAUGCAGCCACACACUCUUACAAUGUUGGGACACUUAAUGCUGGCACAAGCACAAGAAUGCGUGUUUGAGAAACAGACACUAGGAGGUGUACAAGAUGGGCUACAAAAUUGUCUUGAAGUAGCACAUGAAGCAGCACAGGUUUCCAAACUUUACAAUGAGACCCACAAAAUGAUGUCAUCUACCCAACUAAAAGACUACGUCCCAUUCUCGUGGAUCUCCAUGGUGUUGGUGAAGUCUCAGCACUACAGAGCUCUGUCACAUUACUACACAGCAGUGGGGCUACUAGAUCAGAAAGACAGUAACAAUGUGGAGUUAUUAGCCGGGCUGUUCUCAGAGCUUUACCUGGACUCGAGCAGUUCCACUCUCACAACACACUCACCAACCAAAGAGGAGGAGAGGACGACGCUGGGUAAAGCUCACCUGAGAGAGGCUAUGAUAAUGCACGAGGAUUCCAUGAGGGUUCAUACGCUGUGUAAACAGCUACGGAAAAUUGACACAUUCCAAGAAAUACUGAAGCAGGCACAUGACAGAUCCCUCUCAAGGUUUGCUGACUUAGAAGAGGAAGAUGAUUUCUCAUUAGAUUUACAAACAGUGCCUGUGGUGAAACAUUCUACCAAACAAGCAAUCAAGACAAUCCCUCCAGAUUUCGCAAAGCACAAAGUGCGAGAUUUAUUUGAAAAACUGGGUCCAAUAGCUAUAUUUUCUGCCAAGAAUCACUGGUCUGCCCCUAGAACUCUUGAACUGACCAAGAACACCAAUGAAGGGUAUGGAUUCAGUGUACGAGGGGAUUCCCCUGUUAUCAUAGCAGCCGUGGAAGAUGGGAGUAUUUGUGAGAAAGCAGGCAUGAGAGUAGGAGACUUCAUCAUAUCAGUAGGAGACUCGGACACAAAAUGGUCCAAGCAUGAAGAAAUGGUAGCACUGAUCAGAGCAGCUGGGAACAGCCUGUCAUUGAGACUAGUGACACCUAUGGACAAGAAUUACCUACAACCUGCCAGCAAGAAAGCAUAUCACACGUAUAGUGGAGGCGCUACGAGCGGAGAAGGCACAGCCAAGAUGCAGAGCAUGACAGCCAGUGUGUCCAGUAGCAAGAGUGCCAAGGCUGGCCGCCUCAAGCUUAGCACGUCCCUGUUUAAGAAAAAAGAUUCCAAAGAGAAGAAGACAAAAGAACGCACGAGACUGGAUAGCGAGGGCUCGAGUAUUGUGUAUAGAUGACCUGUUGACUGAAGCGUCCAAUAUUAAAACACAAUAUUAGCUGC